UGUUUGCGUCACUUCCGCUUUCGCUCAGCAAUGGCGUCCUCCACGAAGGGAGACGGCGUGAGCGAUGCACAACCAGAGAAAUACUCUAAAAAGACGAAAAACCAAGUGGAUGAAUCUGAACUCCUGACUGUUCCUGAUGGAUGGAAGGAACCAAAGUUUACUAAGGAGGACAACCCCCGCGGCCUGCUGGAGGAGAGCAGCUUCGCCACACUUUUUCCUAAAUACAGAGAAGCCUACUUGAAGGAGUGCUGGCCGCUGGUGGAGAAGGCUUUAGAAGAGCUGCACAUCAAAGCUUCUCUGGACCUGAUCGAAGGUAGCGUAACGGUCUGCACCACAAAGAAAACCUUUGACCCCUACGCCAUCGUCAGAGCAAGAGAUCUCAUUAAGCUCCUGGCGAGGAGCGUUCCAUUCGAGCAGGCUGUCCGCAUAUUACAGGAUGACAUGGCCUGUGACAUCAUCAAAAUCGGGACUCUUGUGAGAAACAGAGAGCGGUUUGUGAAGAGGAGGCAGCGGCUUAUCGGUCCGAAGGGCUCCACCUUAAAAGCACUAGAGUUGUUGACCAACUGCUAUGUGAUGGUGCAGGGCAACACGGUGUCGGCGCUGGGGCCCUUCAACGGUCUGAAAGAGGUUCGUAAAGUGGUGAUGGACACCAUGAAGAAUAUUCAUCCUAUUUACAACAUUAAGACACUGAUGAUCAAACGAGAACUCACCAAAGACCCUGAACUACGGACGCAGAGUUGGGAACGCUUCCUGCCCCAGUUCCGCCACAAGAACUUGUCCAAGCGCAAAGAGCCCAAGAAGAAGAGCACAAAGAAGGAGUACACACCAUUCCCUCCUCAACAACCAGACAGCAAGGUUGACAAAGAAUUGGCCACUGGAGAGUUCUUCCUGCGGGAAAGUGUGAAGAAGAGGAAGAGGAUGGAAGAAAUGAAGGUCAAACAAGCAGAAGCACUCACCAAGAAGCAAGAGGAGCGAAACAAAGCGUUCAUUCCUCCUAAAGAGAAGCCUCUGAUGAAGAACAGCAGUAAAGCCCACACAGAAGGAAAGCUGGACAUCCAAGCCAUCAAGGACAAAGUGAAAAAAGCCAAAACAAAAAAACUCGGAGCUCCACCGGUGAACCCAUCUCCAGCCUCCAGCAGCUCCACAGACAAAAAGAAGAAGAAGAAAAAAACAAAAGGCAAAAGCUAACGACGUCAACCAGGACAUUUAUAACAUGAACAGAGACUGUAGCACACAUGAGGUCAGGACGUGGGGAUCAAAAUGAACAGUUCCUUCCCAAAGUCUCAGUAGUGCUUUUAUUUUUUUUAGCAUAUGAAAACCUCUCCUGUUGUUUUCAUCUGCUGUCUUUAAGGUUUGGACCGGACAGUACUUAUGCUCCAAAUUUUUUAUUUAUUUUUUUUAAGGAAGACGUGUUCAUGUUGAGGCUCAUUUAAACACAUAAUAUCAGUUUUCAUAGAUUCUCCUGUAAAUAUAAGCAUAAUCAAGCAGGAACAUGAGUGUCUAACGUGGUUUUUGCUCAACAAUCUUUUAAUGAAAGAAUUCAUGGUGGACUCAGAUCAUCAGCCCUCCACCACCAUGCCUCACAGUUCAGCUGUUUGUCCUGAAUCAAACAGUUGUGAAGAUCAUUCAGAUGCAACUUUACAAACCUAAAUUGUGUUGCCAUGUUGUUUAUUAGACAGGGUUUCUCCUGCAAUGUGUUCAACCUGUUGAGUUUUCUAAUUGUCUUGUCAUGACCUUUAACCUUUAACCUGCUAACUGAGGCCUGUAGGGUCUGAGAUGUAACUUCAGUUUGUUCCUGUUUCUCUGAGCAUUGUAUGGUCUGACCUUGGGGUGAUUUUCAUUUAUGAACAGUCUUCCUCACUGUUGAAUAAUGAACUUCACGAGGUUUCGAAAUGACCUUCGACCUUUUUAUAAACUCUUAAUAGAGACGCUCACUGAUGAUCAGUUGCGCUUGGCUGCAACUUUAUCUUUUAAAUACUAUAAAAGCAGCAACAAUAGACGUUUUUCUACAAAACAUUUUUCCAUUUUGACUUUUUGUUGAAUAAAUAAUGACAUGAUGGAG